AUGUCGUCAAAUCUCUUCCGGAUAGAUGAACACAAGAUAGAAGCUUCGCAUAUCCGCAGUUUUUCGCGGGCGACUGCGACGCAGCAAGAGGAAGUACUGCAUCUAGCUGUGAAGCAAUACACACCACUCAACAACACGAGCCCCAAACCUGGAGACAUUACCAUCAUUGCAGCACACGCGAACGCAUUCCCGAAGGAGUUAUAUGAACCACUGUGGGAUGAGCUAUUGCAGAAAUGCAAACAGUACGGCUUCGGAAUUCGUGGUAUAUGGAUAGCAGAUGUCGCGCACCAGGGCUGGAGUGGUGUUCUGAAUGAAGACAAAUUGGGCAAUGACCCGGCAUGGCUUGAUCAUAGUAGAGACCUUCUCAACAUGGUGAACAUCUUCCGCGCCCAAAUGCCGCGUCCGAUUGUUGGCGUAGGCCACAGCAUGGGAGGCUGCCAACUCGCCAACCUUGCACUCCUCCACCCUCGCCUUUUUGAGACCCUUGUUCUUGUAGACCCUGUCAUUCAAGGCAGGGUCUCGCUGAAGGGCAACGUCGGACCAGCUGCUGCAUCAUCAAGGCGUCGAGAGUGCUGGCCCUCGCGGGAAGAUGCUAAGCAGAGCUUUUUGAAGAGCAAGUUCUACCAGGCGUGGGACACGCGGGUACUAGAUCGCUGGGUGCAACAUGGAUUAAGAGAUGUGCCUACCAAGUUGUUUCCAGAUGCGAAGAAGCCCGAGGUCACGUUGACAACCACCAAGCAUCAGGAGGUCUUGACUUUCUUGCGACCAAACUUUGCUGCGAGGCCAGGAGACAAGGAAAUGUCGUCCGCAGAAGCCACUUUGAGCAAUCCAAAGCUUAACAGAAGGACCCAUGCAGAUCUGACACCUGACGUUGAACCGCAAACUCCCUUCUAUCGAGGCGAAGCCACUCUCGUCUUCAGCCAGCUGCCCGCUAUCCGCCCUUCAGUAUUCUACGUCUUCGGUCAACUUUCUUCCCUCACAAACGAUGCCAUUAUCGAAGAGAAGCUGAGUUUAACCGGAUCUGGUGUUAAUGGUAGCGGCGGACGCGCGGAGGGCCGCGUGGAUUGUGUAACUGUGCAGGGUGCAGGGCACUUGAUACCCAUGGAGAAGGUGGUAGAGACUGCAGAGCAUGCUGGCAAAUGGAUUGGCAAGGAAAUGAAGCGCUACCGGGAUUGGGAGCGCAAGACUGAGGAGGAGUGGGAUGGAAAGCAGGGGCCGGCGAGGGCUAUGCUACCCGACCGGUUCGUUGAGGAGCUGAAUGCGUUCCUCCAACCUAGGGAGAAGAAGACAUCGAAGCUGUAG